UUUGGCCAUUGUCUUCUUGCAUCUACUCAUUUCUAGGAGCUCACUCACUCAGUCCGGUAGACUCCGAUAUCAGGACGAUACGAUACAAUGGCGGCGUGGGCGGCAGCAGCACGUCAAGCAGCGAACUUAUCUCGAUUCUCCGCUUCCAAAUCAGUUAGUACAACGAAGCAAGGCGCCUUGCUUAUCCAGCGGCGUGGUCUUGCCGGUGGUGGUGAUCAUCAUGGACCUCCAAAGGUGAACUUUUGGCAGGAUCCGAUGAGUCCAUCAAAAUGGAAAGAAGAGCACUUUGUGAUCGUCUCUCUUACCGGUUGGGGAUUGGCCUUCUACGGAGGUUAUAAGCUCUUCACAAAGGGAAACAAAGAAAAGAAGGAAGAGAAAGUUGGUGAAGGAUCGCACUAACAGUGGAUGUGUCUCUCUGAUCUCCUUGAAUAAAGCAGCUGUUAGGGCUCUGCGGUCUUAAAUUUUGGCCAUUAGUGUUAAAUGGUUUCCCUCCAUUUCCUCCACUUCUCUUAUUGGACUGAAUUGCACAUGAAAUGCUGGACAACUAGCUAUGUUUUUUUCCCCUUGUAGAAUGUCAGCCCAUUUAAAAACUCUCUGCUUACUAAGUCUGUGGUGUUUCUUUCUUUUGAAACAAAUUUAGUUAUUCAUUUGCAUAAUGACCAUGAUUAUGUUGAGGAGACAAGCCACAUUGCUUUUUCUCAUUC